AGGUUUAUGUUUAUGAGUCAUUAGACGCUCGUGUGAAAUCACUGUGUUUGCAAAAGGCAAUAUAUCAUGGCGAUGUGUUUUAUUUUCCAGAUCAAUAUUUCAAAUCUAAGAACAGAGGACGAGAAAGAGGAGGACAUCCCAGAGAAGGAAAGCUACACUUGUGCUGUGUGCUUAGAUGUGUAUUUCAACCCAUACAUGUGCUAUCCGUGCCGCCAUGUCUUUUGUGAGCCGUGUUUACGCACUCUGGCAAGAGACAAUCCAUCAAGAACUCCCUGUCCACUUUGCAGGACAAUCAUUGCAUUAGUGCACUUUCAGACAGACCUCAGCAAAUCUUCUGCUGCUCUUUUUCCAAAUGAAUAUCUGAAAAGGAAGCAGAGUUUCCAGAGAGCAAGUUGUGCAAAAUGGCCAUUACCCAGCUGCAAUCGACUCUUCAGAGUGUUCGGAGAUUUCAGAAGACACAUGGAUCGUAUGGGAAGAAGGCAGUUUCCACAUGCUGGUUACAGAUUUGACUUUGAAGAUGAAAGCCAUGGAUGGAGAUUCAACCUCGACAUGAUUAUGAUAUAUUUUUACUCCAUGAACUGGGUCAUUGGAUUUAUUGUAUUGUGUGUCUUCUCUUGUAUUACUUCUUUCUCUCAGCAU